AUGGCAAAUAGCUCUGAUAAUCAACUUGUAGAAAUCUUUAAAUGGUCCAUUCUUGCUUACUUGAUGAGGGAUGGGUUUAUAGCAUACGCCGCAGGUGCUAUUUUAAGCCCAUUUAUAAUUGCUGGGGUAAUAUCAAAAUUAGGAUUCGGUAAAUCUGGUAUUAUAGCCGGAUCCAGUGCAGCACGGAUGAUGGCAUUAUAUAAUGGAUAUGUUCCCGCCGGUAGUAUUGUGUCAACUUUCCAAUCUGUUGGUGCCGCCGGUUUAGGUUUAGGAGGAAUUGUUGUUGUAGGUUUAGGAGGUGUAGCAGUUGCUAUUGCAAUAAAAAAAGGGUUACAGGAAUUAGAAACUUUUCUUACCGUUACAUGCGAAAAUAAUGAGUAUCCAAUGGUGAUUUUUGAUAUCAAUGUUAAGAGCAACGAGGAUAAAAAGCUACUAUCAAUUUUUAAUGGAUUUGUCUUUGCACAGAAACUUACCGAAAAAAGAGUUAGACACUUCGAAUUUCUUAUUGGAGAAGGAUCAGAUAUUUUGCGGAACCUUUUGGCUGAUAAAUAUGGUAUGGAUGCUUUAACUUUGACGCAAAAUGGCUUCCUUCUUAUUCUGAGAGAUUUUAGUAGCAAAAUCUGA